AUGAUUCGUAUACUUCCGCCUACAAUUCUGCGAAAUCUUGUUGUAUGAUGUAAACUUGAUUCCUGUGUGAAGGCCGUUUAUUUCAUUAAAUUUAGUCGCAGUAAUUUUAGAAAAGUACACAUUGAACGUUUAGAGGCGUAACAUGAGCACCGACAAUUCUUCGAAACCGGCGGAAGCCUCAGCCGGUGCUGCUUCAAGUAAUCCUGGACCAAGUGAAAAUAAUGGCGAAGACGAAAAGGCAGCAGUUUAUGAAUGUAAUAUUUGUUUAGAUACGGCGCAUGAUGCCGUUGUUAGUAUGUGUGGUCAUCUGUUCUGCUGGCCAUGUUUACACCAGUGGUUAGAAACUCGUCCCCAGAGACAACUCUGUCCGGUUUGUAAAGCUGGAAUAGGUAAAGAUAAAGUUAUACCCAUAUACGGAAGAGGAAAUCCAAAUCCACAGGAUCCUAGAGAGAAAUUACCACCACGCCCAUCAGGACAGAGACCGGAACCUGAAAACACCGGGGGAUUCCCAGCAUUUGGCUUUGGCGAUGGUGGAUUUCAGUUUUCCUUUGGAAUUGGUGCCUUUCCCUUUGGAAUAUUUACGUCUUCGUUUAAUAUGUCAGAUAAUCGCCCUGGACCUCCUCAAGCUGGCUCACCUCAACAUACAGAAGAACAGUUUUUAUCUCGAAUCUUUCUCUGGGUGGCCAUCUUGUUUCUCUUUUGGUUGUUGAUAGCGUAAACAUACGUCAAACUCUUGUCAUAUGUUGUUAACAUUAUUUAUUCUCUGUUAGCGCGGGAGGGGUGGCCGAAUGGUUAGCAUGUUCUCGCUGUAUCAUAAGACCUGUCAUUGAGUCAACUGGUGGGGUUUUGAUUCCCUGGCUAAACUUGACAAGGAAUAGGGUCGGCUGUCCAACCUCGUGAUUUUCCUCCCACUGCUAAAGACCCCUACACGCAAGCAAAUUAUUGAACUAAAAUUGAACUGUAUGAUAGUCCCCAAAUGACCUAGUUUGUGUCGAGUGGAGGUUAAACCCCAUUUCUCUCUCUCUCUCUCUCCCCCCCCCCUGUUGGGGCUAAGAAUGAAAAGUUGUAAAGUAACUAAGCCUGUAAAUAAGGCACAUGUCACAGAAAAUUAUCAGACACAAAUUCUGGUUUUAUCCGAGGUAAUCACUCUGGUAGUACCUGUCGUUUUGCUCAGUCCCACUUUUAUUGAUAUACAUGCCUGGUACGAAAGUUCAAUGGUGUAUGACAUUUCGACAGCUAGCCUACAAUUGAAGCCUCUAUUUCCAGGCCCGUUGUCAUUAAUCAUUCUACAUCAGGGCUCUCACUUCAGAAAUUGGUCAGUAAUUUAUCAUGUAUUGUGUUUUCUUGAAUUUGUAAGAUAUAUUAUUUUUUUCAAAGAAUAUGACAAUUAUUAGCAUUAUCCCAAAUAUAUAUAUAACUGUGUUUUACGCAUGAAGACUAUAAAUUUAGCUGUGUUUUACAAAAACUAUGAAUUUAAUUGUGUAUUACUGUUAAAUUCUUUGAAAUUUUGAUUUGAUUUGAUCUGACAGGUCAGUAUAAGUGAACUGAGAACCCUAUGUUGCCAUUAUUUACUGUCCUGUCCUAUAUUACUGUAUAUAUCGGUCUGACUCCAUGUUAUAUCUAUAUUGCUGUAAAUCUCUGUAAGACUAAAGGUCAGUUCUAUAUUUAGUAACUUGUCUACAUCUAAACAUGAUCUGUUCACUAGUUACAGCUAACAGGAGCUGGGGUUUGAAGCCAGAUUACAGAACUAAAAAAGCUUGAAAAUAACAAAGGUGCUGUCAUUCUUGUUUUUGUGGAUUGUCUCCCUUGUUGUGAGUUGGUUUUCAGUGCAGUGGCCACUAACAUCUGUAGCCUGUAUCCCUGUAUCUAUUCACUUGAUAUGAUAGUGCUUCUAUUUUAUAUUGCUUACAUUGUCUGGGGUUCGUCUUUGGCUUACUGUUUGUUUAUCUGUGAUGCAGUUUUCCAGUAAUUAUUAUUUAUAUAUAUAUGAAAUCAAAAUGGUUAAAAAAUAUAGGAAAGGUAGAUGUUUUACUGUAGAGGGAGACAAGUGUGGUUUAAUGUCAAUCCUUCAUUUUGGGACUAACAUGUGGUUUAGUUUCAUUUCAAUGAUUUGCUUGUACGUAAAGUUCUGUAGCAGUGGGAUGAAACGAGAGAACCUGGAGAAAACUUACCUAAAGUGUAUAUAACCCAUAAAUCUAAUAAUAUAUUGUAUGUAUGAUGAUUUGUGUUUGUUAUAUUAUUAAGUUUAAUUCUGGGCCUGGGUGUUAACACGAUUCUGUUUGUAGGAGUUAACACAAUUCUGGGCCUGGGUGGUAACAUGAUUACUGUAUGUAUGAUGCUUUGUGUGUAUAUUAUCAAGAUUAAUUCUGGGCCUAGGUGUUAACACGAUUCUGGGCCAGGGUGUUAACACGAUUAUUGUAUAUAUGAUGCUUUGUGUGUAUGUUAUAUUAUUAAGAUUAAUUCUGAGUGUUAACACGAUUCUGGGCCAGAGUGUUAAGACGAUUAUUGUAUGUAUGAUGCUUUGUACAUGUAUGUAUGUUAUAUUAUUAAGUUUAAUUCUGGGUCUGGUUGUUAACACGAUUCUGGGUCUGGGUGUUAACACAAUUCUGGGCCUGGGUGGUAACACAGUUCUGGGCCUGGGUGGUAACAUGAUAAUUCAUCUUUAUAUACAUGUAUGUGAAAGUGUGGCCAGUGGUGAACUUCAAUUGUCACCGUUCCAAUAGUGAACUUCAGUCUUCACUGUUACACGGUGGUCGUUGAAGUUGGACCUACACCCUUUAAAAUAUUUUAAGCAUUCAGACCUUUCCUUUAAAGACUGUGUCAAAUAUUGUAAUUUAGGUUUGUGUAAAUAUAUAUGUAUAUAGAAUGUCAUACUGAAUUUAGCUGUGCAAUAAUUACAGGAAUGGUUAUAUAGAGCAGAAUCUCAAGGAUUCUUGCUUAAAGGACAAUAUUGGUGUCAGUUAUUAUCACAUUUGUGAUAGAACUGGUUAAACUGAUAAAACACAGAUCCAUAUUCCGUUUGGUUUUAUUUGUCUUCAGUACACUAGAAUCUAGAAAAAUUGUUAUAUAACAGGCGGUGUAGAUGAGGUGAGGGAUUAGCCAAUGAAAUGGUCUGUUACGGCAACUUCUUUGCGUAACCCACUAGAAAUGUCUACAAUUAGUCAGAUCUUCAUGUAGUAGAGGCCAUCGACGGUAUAAAAAACCGAAAGGUAAUAUAGAUCUGUAUUCUAAUCAGAUUGAUACGAGGUUAAACUUUAAGGAAGGAUUUACAUGUCGUCAGUCUGCGCUUCAAUAUAUUGUAUAUAAUACGCCCCGUUAAUUUCUAGUAACACAACUCUACUAGUUUUAGCGUAGUCUGCCCUUCUGUUAAUUGUAUAUAUUCACCCCAUUAAUCCGCAUACUAAAGAUAUUAAAGGAGAUAUAUUGGAAUUUUCAUUUAAUUAAGUUAUUAUUAUUAUUAUUAUUGAUUUGUUAAUGAUAGAGGCUUUAGGGUACUGAUGGAUCUAAUUUAAAUAAAUCUCUUUUGAAAUGUUUCAAGUAUCAAGAUUUUUCAUUGGAGUAUAUUUUGCUCUUGGCCAAUGAAGUGUUUGUAUCUUUAAACUACCUGUAUUUUACUUGUAUAUUUGUUCUUGCGGAAUCCGAUCUGGAUUUAGUUUUAUUAUUUAUUGUUCCUGAGAAUCAGGUGGCUGUCUAUUCAUAAAGGCGAGAGAGAGGGAGGGGUUUAACGUCUACUCGACACUAACCAGGUCAUUUCGGGACUAACAUUUCGGCUUGCACGUAGGGGUCGUUAGCAGUGGGAGGAAACUGGAGAAAACCCAUGAGGGUUGGACAGACGAACCUACUCCUUGUCACACACACAACUGGGGAAUCGAAACCAAGUCAGUGGACUCAAUGACAGACUUUAUGAUACAAAGCGCACGCACUAACCAAUCGGCCAUUUCCCCCCGUACCUUCAAAGAACUAGAAAUUGGUUUGGGUUGAUCUCAAGUUGACGUGAAUGAAGCCCUUCAGGAUUAAGGAAGAAGCGAGAAUAUUCCCCACAGCACACUGUUGGUUGAUACAAUUGAUUAAUACAGGUACAAUUGAUUGAUACAGGUAUAACUGGUUGAUACAAGUACAAUUGAUUGAUACAGGUACAACUGAUUGAUGCAGGUAUAACUGGUUGAUACAGGUACAGUUGAUUGAUACAGAAACAUUUAUUAUGGAAUAUUCGGCCUUGAAGAGAUUCUUUAACCUUCUCAUUGCUCUCAAAAGCCUCACAAUAUACCAGUCUAAAAUAUUCCUGCUCGGAGAAAUUCCUCAUACCUUCUUGUCAAUCAGAAGCAUAGAACUUUAAUAGUAAUGAAUCUCUUAUGAAGUAAAACUAAGAGAAACUUCUCCAAACUAGGAAAUAUUUUAGACUCUUGAAGUAUAUACACUGUAAUUAUAGUUAUAUGUUUUUUUUUAUUUGUUGUAGUUUAAGUAAAAGAAAUAUGUUUAUAAAUUAUAAUAUUUGUAUAUAUGUUAUUGUUAGGACAUCGGUUAUCAAACUUCAUUAAUUAACAAUCUUAACCCUUUAGUGUCAGAGUUUACUUUCAGUUUCAGUAUUAUAAAAUUUUGAUAUUGAUUGCUAAAAGGGAUACUACAGGUUUACCCGUUAACAUUACGAGCCCCCAAAACUACCGCAUCUUCUAGCACCACGUGUUGUCCGAGGUUUAGGAAUACUAGCUCUGUGACUGGGGUGGUCAAGUGGUCUGGGGUGGAGGAGUGAGGUUCGCUCUUCAAACAAAACCCCAAAGAUUCGCCAAUUUAAGUACGAUCAGCAUGAAACUUGGCAUGCGUGUUCCUCGAUUGUCGGAUGUAGAUUUUUAAUAUGACGUCACAAAUCCAACAUGGCUGGGAUGGCGUCACCUUCGGUUCCUGGACCAUAGUACAAUCCUACUUGUUAAGAAUAAGAAAAAUUUGAUAAUAUUGUGCCUGUAGCUCAAAUAUAUAUUAUAAUAUAUUAAAUGAUUACUGUAUAGGUCUGUAUAUUAGAUUAUGUUAAAUGAUAUUGUAUUGUUAUUAUGGAAUGAGAGAUGAGUUGAAUGAUUGGAAUAAACAAUUUGAAAAUAA